AUGUCAGACAACAACGAGACUGUCUCCCAUCAGCAGGCAACAGAGCCAGCAACGGCAUCAGCUGAUGCAGAGGCCCAUCCCAACAACGUGCCCGACCUUGAGGUCUUCAUUGAAGCUGGAGAAGAGGAUGAUGAUUCGGAAGACGACACUCGAAGUCUACCGAGUUCAAGCACAAGUGUAACAAGUUCUGUUUUCCAAUACAGAGUUGAAAAUGGAAGAACCUAUCAUUCCUACAAGGAUGGCAAGUAUCCUUUGCCAAAUGAUGAAAGAGAACAAGAUCGCCUAGAUUUGCAGCACAACAUGUUCCUUCUUUCUUUUGAUGACAAGCUUGGAACCGCCCCUCCAAACGAACCCGGAGCCAAGGUAGGACGUGUCCUUGAUGUCGGCACCGGCACCGGUAUCUGGGCUAUGGACUUUGGCGACGCUCAUCCAGAGGCUGAGAUCCUCGGAGUCGAUCUUUCUGCUAUCCAGCCUGAGUACACGCCUCCCAACGUCAAGUUUGAGAUUGACGAUAUCGAAGAGGAAUGGCUCUUCUCACGGCCCUUCGAUUACAUUCACAGCCGCAUCAUGAACUCAGCAAUCCGUGAUUGGAGGAAAUUUAUCCAAAAUUCCUAUGAUAAUCUGACGCCGGGUGGCUACCUGGAACUAGUUGAGAUGGACCUUCAACUCAAGUCAGACGAUGGCACCCUCAAGCCUGAACACUCGAUCAUGAAGACACUCGGACUCCUAGCAGAGGCGGCUCAGAAGCUUGGGGCAGCGUACCAAGACCCGAAAGAGCUGAAGCCCAUGAUGAUACAGGCCGGAUUUACAGAUGUGGUGAUGCAGCAGCUGAAGUGGCCUACCAGUCCUUGGCCCAAAGACAAGCGAUACAAAAACCUUGGGUCCUGGGGCGGUGAAAAUAUUGAGGCCGGUUGGGAGGCCGUAUGUAUGGCUCCGCUGACGAGGGCUCUCGGGUGGUCCCGCGAAGAGGUUCUGGUUCUGUUGGCUCAGAAUCGGCAGGAUUUCCGCAACAGGGACAUCCACUCCUACUUUUCCAUAUGGGCCAUAUACGGGCGAAAGCCUGAAAAGGAAGAAUCGGCUUGA